AUGGGUGUGGUCACCAUCACCGACAUCGACUACGGUCAAAUCUUCGGCCCCUUCCCAGCACACAUCACUGACCCCGCCUACGUCAUCGGGAUGUUGACCAAUGACAAGCCGUCAAACGGAGCGGUCGUACGGGUAAGUCUGACGUCAUCUUGUUUAAUGACCGUCGACUGGUUGCCCUAUGUGUCUGUGGCGAGGGACGGUGACGAGCAGAACAUGGAGGCGUAUCCCAAAGAUGGCGGCGUCUACUACAGAACGCUGAGGAUAGUCAAGGCCGGGGAGGAGCUUCUCGUCUGGUACAGCAAGGAUUUCACUCAGCUCUUAGGCGUACCGGAGCUGCAGACUAACUGUAAACGAGACGACGAGCAGUUCAUCUGCUCACACUGCGGGGAGAUGUUUGACUUCCCCUACCCGCUCAGGGCUCACCUCAAGUUCAAGUGCACGUUCACCGCCGACGAUCUCAAACUCUCCCGAAUUUUACCGGCGUCGCCGAAAAUAAACGGAAACACAAUCUACAGCAGGAUAGCGAAAGUAGCUGAAGAAAUGGGAAACCCCGAAGAUCACGAACAUAAACUGGCGUACCUGAACAACAAUAACAACAACAAUGGCGUGGUUUCGCUUUUCCAUAAAAGAGCAUACAUCGGUGAGAUGACGGGGGACGAGCCUUUCCCCAAAAAACAGGCCAUUGAUAUCGAGAGGAAGAAAAAAGAUUCCGUCAUCACCCACUCCAUCGAGAACUUGAGUAAAAGUCACGUGAGCAGGCUCAAGGACGAGACGCCGCGCGACCAGGGCCUGGAGUCCCACUCGGAGAGCAUGAGCGCCUUCAGAAAAGUCGAGAAGCUUCAAACGACCUUGACAUUCGCAGCCCAGUCGCCCUCCUCCCCGCCCGUCUCCCCCACGCGUCUCCCCGACCCCUCCCCCACUUCCAGAUCGCAACCCAGCGAACCGUGUUCUUCUUCCAUGCCGCCCCCUCCCCGCCCCCCAGUUAAAACCAUCUCGUCACCCAUGUCUUCAUCAUCAUCAUCAUCAUCAUCAUCAUCAUCAUCAUCAUCCCACGCCGAAUCCCCACGGGGGUCUGUCAUGGGGCUGUACAUGCCACGCCUACAAAUGAUCCCUCCGACGUCAUCUCUCGGGGUCUCCAGCAGCUCUCUCAUCGGCACCUCCCGGGGGAUCCCCCUCCCGCACUCGGCAUUCCCCGACCAGAUCCCCCCGGGUCUGCUAGAAAUGUGCCGGGCCACCAUCCCCACCGUCGGGCCGCUGACCGAAUCCUUCGCCGCCAACAUCAGAAACAGCGAGUCCUUGGCCAAGCAGGCCCUGUUCGCCGACAGACACAUCUCCACGCUCGGCUUCCUCAAGAGCACGAACCCCAUGGUGGAGAAGCUGCUUCAGAGUACGAACCCCACCAUCUUGUCCUCCCCUAUGAACGCUCUAAACCUGUCGCAGAACUGGUGCGCCAAGUGCAACGCGACCUUCCGUAUGACAUCAGACCUGGUCUAUCACAUGAGAUCUCACCACAAGCGAGAGUUCGACCCCAUGAAACGGAAGCGCGAGGAGAAACUCAAGUGUAACAUUUGUCACGAGGCGUUCCGCGAGCGACAUCAUCUCACGCGCCACAUGUCGUCCCAUGCGUGACUGCUGACAGAUGGAUG